GUCCAACGGGCACGCCGCGGGCAAAACGGCCCGCGCCUCAUCACCCGAUUUUUCUUUUACCCGUGGCCGUAGGACUGCGGCAACGCAUCGCCUCUCUCCCGUUCUCGCGACCUGCGCCGUGUGGUCGCGAUUCAGCGCCACCGUGGUUGCGAUUCAGUCCGACGCCUCGGCCUCGAGAGUCAGCGCCGCCUCUCCCGUUCUCGCGACCUGCGCUGCCACCGCCCGCCUCUGCCCGGUCUUCAGCCGUUGCAUCCACGCCGACGCGUCGGCCACGUGGGUCCUAGGACGAAGACAGUGGCGCAGUCUCGCCUCGGGCGGCAGCCGGAGUGGAGGAAGACGCGACGGUUUGGACAGGGGUUGUUGGGUGAAGUCGAUCUGGGGUGCCGCCACGACGAACUUGCUUGUGGUGUGCAGAUCUGGCAAGAACGCGCAGCCAAAGGUCAAGUUCUCGGCCACGCCGCGGUCAUCAUCACUUUGUUAUUGCCAUUCCGAUCAAGGCUGAUCUUGAUCUAGAUUUGGAGGGGCGAUUUUCCAAGGUGUUGAGAGGGAUUUUCUCACUGGGAAAUCGCGCUCGAUGAUAGCCAACUCUGCUUUUGCUUGUGUCGGUUUGUUCAAAAUUGGUUGGGAAAGGAAGGUAAUGAGGUCUGAACCUACUAUUCAUAUGUGCAUCUGAAAUGUCUGUAACUCCAUGCUAUAAGGUUGUCUUGGUUGUGAUGGAGAAAGUUCUUCAUUAGAUUUUAGUUGCUAAGGUUCGGUGGUUCUUUCUUUGGGUGUGAAAUAUGGAGCACCUCCCUAUCGAAGUCAUUGGCAACAUUCUUUCCCAUCUUGGUGCUGCACGGGAUGUUAUGGUGGCCUCUGCUGUAUGCCGCAAGUGGCGGGAUGCCUGCAGGAGGCACCUUCGUUUGUUGUCCUUCAACUCCGAUGACUUUCCUCGGGACAUGACUACACGUCAGCUGGAGAUUGUCAUCACACAGACUAUAUUUCAAACAAGGGGGUUGCAGUGCCUCUCGAUUCAUAUAGAUAACACCCAUGAAUUCUCUGCAGCACCUGUGAUUGCGUGGCUCAUGUAUACCAGGGAGACACUCCGGAACUUGUCUUACAAUGUCAGGACGAUCCCUAAUGUAAACAUCCUGGAAAAGUGCGGCAGGCAGAAACUCGAAGUGUUGGAUUUGGACCAUAACACAAUCACAGGCGUUGAACCGAGCUAUCAGAGAUUCACUUGUUUGAAAUCCCUCUCCUUGAGUCAUGUCAGUAUUUCAGCCUUGGAUUUGAGCCUUUUAGUUGCUGCUUGCCCGAAGAUAGAGUUACUGGCACUUGACAUCCUUGAGAUUGUCACUUCAGAUCCACAGUCUACAAUGGAGCUCACAAGCCAUACGUUGAAGAGCCUCUUUGCAAAAUCAGUAGGUGUAGACAAGAUCAUACUUGAUGCGGAUAAUUUGGAGGUUCUACACCUGAAUGCUUUGAACCUUGAUUUGUUUGAGCUUAUCGGGAAAGGAACACUGAAGCAUCUUAAAAUUGAUGACGUCAGUGUUACACAUUUGGAUGUUGGGGACAGUACUGAUCAUCUGGAGGUAGUAGACGUGAGUAACUUCACAAUAGUCUGGCCAAAGUUCUAUAGCAUGAUAUCCAGAGCAUCCAACUUGCGAAUGCUACGGUUCUGGGGUGUUGUGUUUGACGAUGAGGAUGAGAUUGUGGACUCAGAAACUUUGGCUGUUUCAUUUCCUCUUCUUAGGCAUCUCUCAUUGAGUUAUGAAUUACGAGACGGGUUACUUCACUACAGCCUGCAGGGAUCAUCACCACUGGAGAAUGUUUCAGUUCUGGAACUUGGUUGGACAGUAAUAAGUGAGCACUUUGGACCCUGGGUAUUUGGUAUGAUUGAAAGGUGUCCAAAUCUCAAGAAACUUGUUAUUCAUGGUGUUCUUUCUGAGGCAAAAACACGAGAAGAGCGCCAGAUGUUAGCAAGCUUCACCUCAUUUAUAGUCUGUCUCAUGAGGAAGUAUGUCCAUGUUGAUGUACAAUUUGAAUAUGAGUGAUAUCUACAAGGUUCAAUUGGCAUCCUUGUCCUCGUUCACUUCAAGCCGUGCCAUCAGGUAACAUUUUCUGUUUUGUGGCCUCAAAACAUUUUAUUCAGCAUGGUCUUAUUACAUUUACAGUUCCUGCACUUCUCCCCCUGUUAUUGGCCUUUUAGAAAUGGUUCAUUUUGGGUCUAAUGUUUGUCCUCUAGCUCAGUCUUACUUUGUAUGUGCAGUAUCCUUAGUGGCAAAAACAAAAAUUUCACAAUAAUUGAUUCAAAUCCAGGCUCCAGCUUAGUAUAAUGUAAGCCUUGGAUAUUGAAGUAUGCCGUACAUGCUUCCCGAUAAAACUCAUGUAGUUGAUAUCGUCCUUCUAAGUUAUUACAAAACAUUAAGUGUGAGCAUUAAGUUUGUAUUGAUUUACCAACCUUUUGGAGAUAUGAGCAGACGUAUCUGCUACAUUGGUAGCUUUUGGAAUUUUGAUGUAAUUUAAUCAUGGCACAGUACCAGCUAGCAAGCAGUUAUGCGAUUUUAUAAUUAGAUCCCUGUACUAUAAUUGGCCAUUUGUUGUUUCAUGAUUUUGCUUAAGAGCCAGUCGUCUCUGCCAUAUUACUUAAUGGCUUUUGUCUAACUGGUGAAUGUACCUGUUAUCCGACCUUUGUGUCACUUAGCCCUUAUUUUUGUGACAGGGAUUGGCAGACUUAUUGAAGUGUGUGCUAGAGCAGAGGUAACGUCAAUUGAAGAAAAGCUUGUCUAACAUCAGUUGAGAUGAUUUGGACAUAUUCAAUGGAGGCCUCAAGAGUCACCGACACAUAAGAGGUUAUUAAGAGAUAAUGUGAAGAGAGACGUGUCAAUCAAAUCUAAUAUGAGAGGAGUAUGUAAAGAGAGACUUGAAGAAAUAGAAUAUCCUCACAGAACUAUCUAUGAAUAGAAAUACGUGAAAGUUAGUUAUCCAUGUGCUAAAAUUAUAACUUAUGCAUCAAUCAUUUUGUACCAAAAUUACUUUUACUUUUUUGCUAUUACUAGUACUUUUUAUUUAUUAUUGUUUUAUCAUCAUCUUUUUAGUUGAA